CAGCCCGCUGCGCCGCGGCUACGUGCGCGUCCAGUGGUACCCCGAGGGCGUCAAGCAGCACGUCAAGGAGACCAAGCUGAAGCUGGAGGAUCGCUCAGUGGUGCCCCGGGAUGUGGUCCGGCACAUGCGCUCCACUGAUAGCCAGUGUGGUACCGUCAUUGACGUCAGCAUCGACUGCGCCGUCAAGCUCAUUGGCACAAACUGUAUCAUCUACCCAGUCAACAGCAAAGACCUGCAGCACAUCUGGCCCUUCAUGUACGGGGACUACAUCGCCUAUGACUGCUGGCUGGGCAAAGUCUACGACCUCAAGAACCAGAUUAUCCUCAAACUCUCCAACGGUGCCAGGUGCUCCAUGAAUACAGAGGAUGGGGCCAAGCUCUAUGACGUCUGCCCACACGUCAGUGACUCGGGCCUCUUCUUCGACGACUCCUAUGGCUUCUAUCCGGGCCAGGUGCUCAUCGGCCCUGCGAAGAUCUUCUCCAGCGUCCAGUGGCUGUCAGGAGUCAAGCCGGUGCUCAGCACCAAGAGCAAGUUCCGGGUGGUGGUGGAGGAGGUGCAAGUCGUGGAGCUGAAAGUCACAUGGAUCACCAAGAGUUUCUGUCCCGGGGGCACGGACAGCGCCAGCCCCCCGCCCUCCAUCAUCACCCAGGAAAACCUUGGCAGGGUGAAGCGUCUCGGAUGCUUCGACCAUGCUCAGCGGCAGCUUGGGGAACGUUGUCUCUACGUCUUCCCAGCCAAGGUGAAGCGCCUUCUCAAAAAGCAGGUGGUGCGGAUCAUGUCCUGCUCACCCGACGCCCAGUGCUCCCGGGACCACUCGGUGGAGGAGCACAAGAAAGCAGGUGACCAGGCCAAGUGCGAGCCGGGCAGCUCAGCCAGCCCCGAGGAGACGCCCGAUGGCUCGGCCAGCCCCGUGGAGAUGCAGGAUGAGGGCCCUGAGGAGGCGGCUGAGCCUGAGCCACUGCCCCCGUUCCUGCUGAAGGAGGGCGGCGAGAGCCGGCUGCAACCCACCGAGCAGGACGCAGAUGACGAGGCGGCCGACGACACAGACGACACGAGCUCUGUCACUUCCUCCGCCAGCUCCACCACCUCGUCACAGAGCGGCAGCGGCGUGAGUCGCCGGAAGAGCAUCCCGUUGUCCAUCCGCAACCUGAAACGCAAACACAAGAGGAAGAAGAACAAGAUCACGCGCGACUUCAAGCCGGGGGACAGGGUGGCCGUGGAGGUGGUGACCACCAUGACCUCGGCCGACGUGAUGUGGCAGGAUGGUUCAGUGGAGUGCAACAUCCGCUCCAACGACCUCUUCCCCGUGCACCACCUGGACAACAAUGAGUUCUGCCCCGGGGACUUCGUGGUGGACAAGCGAGUUCAGAGCUGCCCCGAUCCUGCUGUCUACGGCGUUGUGCAGUCCGGGGACCAUGUGGGCCGCACCUGCAUGGUCAAGUGGUUCAAGCUGCGGCCCAGCGGGGACGACGUGGAGCUGAUCGGAGAAGAGGAGGACGUGAGUGUCUACGACAUCGCCGACCACCCCGACUUCCGGUUCCGCACCACCGACAUCGUCAUCCGCAUCGGCAACACCGAGGAUGGAGCUCCUCCCAAAGAGGAUGAGCCAUCAGUGGGCCAGGUAGCUCGAGUGGAUGUCAGCAGCAAGGUGGAAGUUGUGUGGGCUGACAACUCCAAGACCAUCAUUCUUCCCCAGCACCUCUACAAUAUCGAGUCGGAGAUCGAGGAGUCGGACUAUGACUCCGUGGAGGGCAGCAGCAGUGGGGCGUCAUCAGAUGAGUGGGAGGACGACAGCGAUAGCUGGGAGACUGACAACGGGCUGGUGGAGGACGAGCACCCCAAGAUCGAGGAGCCCCCCAUCCCCGCUGCCCCCGAGCCGCCAGCGGCCCCUGAAGAGGACAAGGGGGUGGUGAUCAGCGAAGAGGCGGCCACAGCCGCCAUCCAGGGCGCUGUGGCCAUGGCCGCCCCAGUGGCCGGGCUAAUGGAGAAGGCGGGCAAGGAAGGGCCCCCCAAGAGCUUCCGCGAGCUCAAGGAGGCCAUCCGCAUCCUGGAGAGCCUCAAGAACAUGACGGUGGAGCAGCUGCUGACCGGCUCGCCUACCUCGCCCACCGCCGAGCCCGAGAGGCCCACCCGGGAGAAGAAGUUUCUGGACGACAUCAAGAAGCUGCAGGAGAACCUCAAGAAGACGCUGGACAACGUGGCCAUCGCUGAGGAGGAGAAGAUGGAGGCUGCACCUGAAGCAGAGCGCAGGGAAGACAGGCCUGAGGUGCAGUCGCCGGUCAAGGCUGAGUGGCCCAGCGAGACGCCCGUGCUGUGCCAGCAGUGUGGCGGCAAGCCUGGGGUCACUUUCACCAGCGCCAGGGGCGAGGUCUUCUCCGUGCUGGAGUUCGCGCCUUCCAAUCACUCCUUUAAGAAAAUCGAGUUCCAGCCCCCAGAGGCCAAGAAAUUCUUCAGCACCGUUCGCAAGGAGAUGGCCUUGCUGGCCACGUCACUGCCUGAUGGCAUCAUGGUCAAGACAUUUGAGGAUCGAAUGGACCUCUUCUCGGCUCUCAUUAAGGGCCCCACUCGGACCCCCUAUGAGGACGGCCUCUACCUGUUUGACAUCCAGCUCCCCAACAUCUACCCGGCCGUGCCCCCCCACUUUUGCUACCUCUCCCAGUGCAGUGGCCGCCUGAACCCCAACCUGUACGACAACGGGAAGGUGUGCGUCAGCCUCCUGGGUACUUGGAUUGGAAAGGGCACCGAACGAUGGACCAGCAAAUCCAGCCUCCUGCAGGUCCUCAUCUCCAUCCAAGGCCUGAUCCUGGUGAACGAGCCCUACUACAACGAGGCGGGCUUCGACAGCGACCGCGGCCUGCAGGAGGGCUACGAGAACAGCCGCUGCUACAACGAGAUGGCGCUCAUCCGUGUGGUGCAGUCCAUGACGCAGCUGGUGCGGCGGCCGCCCGAGGUCUUCGAGCAGGAGAUCCGGCUGCACUUCAGCGCCGGCGGCUGGCGGCUGGUGAACCGCAUCGAGUCCUGGCUGGAGACCCACGCACUGCUGGAGCGGGCCCAGGCCCUGCCCAACGGGCUCCCCAAGGACCGCUGCUCUCCGGAGCCCACGGUGGCGACUGAGCUCUCGGACUGCGGCGGCGGCCGCGAGGAGGCCGAGGCAGAGGACGGGGGUCUGGCCCCGGGAGAGGCGUCCCAGGGCUCGGACUCUGAGGGCGGCGGCGGUGCCCAGGGCGCGGCAUCGGCCUGCAGGGACCCCACGGACCCCGCCUCGGAGGCAGCGCCCGACGCCUCGGUGCCGCCCAGCGUCAAACCAAAGAAGCGGAGGAAGAGCUAUCGGAGCUUCUUGCCCGAGAAGAGCGGCUACCCCGACAUCGGCUUCCCCCUCUUCCCGCUCUCCAAGGGCUUCAUCAAGAGCAUCCGGGGUGUCCUGGCGCAGUUCCGAGCCGCCCUCAUCGAGGCGGGCAUGCCCGAGAACACGGAGGACAAGUAGCCGGGCCUAGUGGGGCGCUGCUGGCGAGGGUGCCCUGCCUCCUCCCCCGCUUCCUGUCCCCGCUGCCCUCCUUGCCCCCGGCAGGGCCGUGGCCGCCCCAUCCCCUCCAGUUCAGAAGCAGCCCCUGGAUGGGCACCCUGCGGUGGGCGAUCCGGGCCUCAGGGGCUCCGUGUCUGGCUUAGACCCCCUCCUGCCCCCAGCGCGUGGCUCCUCAGUGGCCUAGGGUGAUGCCUGGCGUGAACAGAGGUGACCACCCUGGGCUCCCUCCAGGCCCCUGACCCUCUCGCCACCUGCCCCCACCCCUGCCAGGACCCUCCCUGCCCUCCCCUGCUUGUCUCCUGCCUGAUAACCACCGCGGGGCACCCCGGGCUCAUUAGACUUGCUCUCCAAGAGAGGUGGGGGCCCGCUGUGUUCAGGCUGAUGCCUGGGGGGGAACCAGUGUCCCUUGAGUGAAGAAGAGGAGGAGGAGCAGGAACAGGGAGCACCAGCUGGAGGGAGUUGGCUCUUCCAGACCCAGGACCCCCCAGGCUCCCCAUAGGCCCGACCCUUCCCGUGAUCAGCUCGCCGGGGCCUCCUCGCUCGCUCGCUCGCUCUCUGCGGGCCCGGGCUGGGGAGAGGUGGUGCAGGGCUCGCCCGUCCCCAGCAGCCCGAGGUUUACACGUUUUCUAGCUUUUGAUAAUGUGAAGCGCCCGGCUGAGAACGCUGCCUCGCGCCUCGGGGCUUGGGCCUUUUUGGUUGUCUGUAUGUAUGUUAAUAUUUAAGGUUGAAAGAAAAUAGCUCUCAGAAGAAGCAAAAGAUAUUAACUCUUACUGGAAAGAUGAAAAAAAAAAAAAGAAGAAAUAAAGGACAGACAUAAAACUAAAUAAAAAGCCAAAGCAUGAUGCGUCUUGUCCGCCUCACGCUGGCUCCACACCUGGGCCUGGCAGGCCAGAUACGGAGCGCCCCAGGAGCCUGCUGCCCGGCUGGAAGGGGCACCCAGAGCCCAGCGGGCCAUGCCCGCUGCCGCCACCAUGCCCAGUCCCUGUGGAGUUGUGAAUGCCUACUGCUUACGAUACCUGUAUAAAGUGCUGUGUGAUUCAAUUUUUUUUUUACUUGCAAAUUUUUUUGGGGGGUUGGGAGGGUUUGGCUCAUUACAAUGUACAAGACUGACAAGGUGGCACCAUUAAACCUGCCUCUGCCGUUCA